UGAAAAAGACAGGAGGCGAGCCCCUCCGGUUGCGCGUCAGCAUCCCCUCAAAUAGGAAUCCGCUUCUGUCACUUCUGCCCUGCACACCGAGAGACGGACGAGAGCAACCCCGAAACAACACCUGAAGGAGAAUUUUAUUUGGCAUGCAAAGGGUUUGAUUUUCUUCGUUGUAUUUUUUUUUCUUUUGUAAUGCCAAAGAAGAAGAGUAAAGGGAGGCUGUGAGGAGGCUGGAGCCUUGCAAAGAAUGAUAGUGAGGAUCAAGGCGCGCUGUCCCAGGAGAACUCAUCUGAAAAGCUGGCCGUGAGAGACCGGGAUGCUCCUCUAAGGCACCGGGGACGAGUUUUCCUUAGCAGACGGUCUGAGCGGAACAGUUAAAGCUUGAGUAAGGAAGUGAGCAAAACGGAGUGGGUGUCAUGGAAAGACAAGGAGGAUCUCAAGACAACCUUACCUACCAAAACCUGCUUCUACUGGGAGCCAUUGCAGCAGCGUCUGCUUUCGUGGUCACCAUCCUGAUCGUCCUUGUCUGCGUCGGCUGCCAAAGGAAAAGCAAAAGCAAGCACCCUCCGGCCGGGGAGAAAGGGACAUCUGUAAAUAUGCAGGGUACCCUUCGCCACCCAAAACUCAACUCCAUGAGUAAAUCUGACACCAGGCUCCAUGAGAUCAAUCGCUUUCCCUGCAAUGGAAACUCUGUUAGUAAGAGCCGUCCAGCUAGUAUGGACCUCCUGCUUCUCCACAGUCGCCGCUCCCAGACGGAUCUGAGGCCCUCCCACGGCCGACAGCUCCCCCAGAUCCCCACCAGUCCACAGAGAUCUGGCCAGGGGGGAGAAGGGGAAACGGGAGGGGAAGGGGGAGGCGGUGGAGGAGGAGGAGGCGAAGCAAGAGAUCACACCUACACUGAGGUGGGCCUACGCAAUAACCCCACCCCUACCCACUACCUGGAUGAUGGCCUAUAUGAAAGCGUAGGUGUCCGGGAAGGCCCAAAAGUACCCUCUGGCCCACCAACCACAUCAGCCAACGCUCCAGGUAUAGCCAGGGCUCCUCAAAGUCCCUCUACUCAUGCCAGCGGAGCUCGGACUGGAAACGGGCACGGAAACGGUGGCAGAGGGAAUGACACUAUUAAUGGACCAAUGACGGGACGAGGUAAUGGAGCAAGUGGGGUCAGUAGGUCACCUCUCUCUUCUGUGAAUUCCUUGGCUGUUCAAGAUCCAUCUUUAGCCGAGUAUGCAUCUAUACGAAAGUUUAGAAAGGUUGACAAGAUAAACAGGAAGGAAAACAACGGCGCCGACAGCCAGUCAGACAGCCAAUCGAGCGUGAGCGAUUCACCCUCUGCUGGUCCUCCUCCACUACAUCGCAGUCAAGAGUUUCCACGGAAACAACUGGAGCCAUUUCACCUUCACUCCUUCCCAAAGGAAGCAGUGUUCAUGGGCAAUGGGGAACAGUACAUCUGGAAGCCUCCAGAGGACAACGACAUCAUCACCUUGCACCCACCUCCACAUCACCCACCUGGGGAGAAUGAACAGGGACACCCAUCGCCUCCAACUGCAAAGGAGAUUGCAGACACCUACUCUAUCGUAUGUAAAACCCAGAAAAAGAAACCUCCUAUGGAACACAAUGGAGCCAAGACCCUCCCACGAUCCUUUGGUGGAGAUAGAGGAAACAUGGGUUCUCGGGGCCGAGGUAGGGGAGUCCAGAGCCAAGCACGUUCGCAGGAGGAACCCUGCUACGAGCCUGUAGGAGACAGGUCCUGGUCUUCCCCAGUGGCUGAGUCAGACCCUGCAUACGCGACUAUCGACCCACACCGGAAACGUGAGCAAGGGGGAACCAAUAACAGCACAGCUGGGGGUAGUGCCACUCUGAAGAGAAAGAAGCAGCAGCAGCAGCAGGCAACACCAGCAGCACCUCAGGCCUCAGGACCAAGCACCCUUCCUACUAGAGGCCUGCCUGGUGGGGAAAACUUCUAUGAGACCAUCAGUGAUGUGAAACAAGGGGGCAACAGCACUACCACCAUCUUUACUUUCAAUGAUGGCAUGGAGAUGUAUGUCACAGGCCUGUAGCUGACUGACAGGCAAAAGGGCCCAGAACCCACUGGUAUAGAGUCUGGAGAUUUUCCUGUUUACAGAACAACAGGUUGCUGUACAUAGACACAAGGCCCUCUAUAGUAAAACAACACGAGGAUCCAUUUUGUGUUGAAAUCAGGUACAAACAGGGUCUUUAUCCAGGUUCAGACUUCCUUUGAUUGGUCUGUACUUAAGAACCAGCCUAAGCCUAGUCCAGCCCAAAUAUGGACUAAAAUCAUUUGAAAAAACAAACAAACAAAUAAAACUGGGAUAGAGAUCUUCUAUCUGCUGUGUCACUCACCAUACUCACCUGUUUGUGCAACAUUUUCCAUAAUAUCUUUAUUUUUAUAUGAAAACUCUUUAAAGCGUAUGUGGUGUAACUCACAACCUCAGAAGAACACACUUUUUUAUAUAUAUAUA